CGUGUGCCCACACACUCGUGUACUGACCCACGCGUGCACACGGGGAGACGCAUGCGCGCACGCAGCAUGGACGCCGUACUGGAGCAAUUUGUGGACAUGGAGCGCUUCUCCUCCUCCUACCUCAUCGACGACGACGACGACUUCUUCAGCGACGAGGGCGGCGGCUCCUCGUCGCCGCGCGACCAAGUGGACCUCAUCAUGUGCGACAGCGUGGACUACCUCGCGCACUCCCUCAGCGACUACUACCCCGAGGACGACGACGACGAGGAGGAGGAGGAGCAGCAGGAUCGCCAGCGGCAGCAGCACCACCACUCACAUGGACAGCAGCCGCGUGGAGAUCCCGGGUCCCUUCUGCUCGCGGUGGGAGGCUGCGCCUCGCGGUUGGAAGAGGGCGGCUUCCAAGGUGGCGUGGGGACACCGUCUGACCCUGCUGCUCCUGGUGGCGGUGAUGGGUCCGCGCCUCCGACGCAUCGGAGGUCAUCGGGCAGGAGGCGAAGGUCGCGCGUCCACGGCGACAUGUCCCACCUGCGGCAGGCGGCCAACCAGCGGGAGAGGAGGCGCAUGCAGUCAAUCAACGCGGCCUUCGAGGGCCUCCGCGCGCACAUCCCCACGCUGCCGUACGAGAAGCGGUUGUCCAAGGUGGACACUCUGCGCCUCGCCAUCGGCUACAUCUCCUUCCUGGGCGAGCUGGUCCACUCGGAGAGGCCCCUCCGCGCACAGGCGGGGCAACCGCUGCUGUCCCAGCAAAAGAAGAUCAUCAUCUGCCAUCGCGCGUCCAGGUCACCGUCCGCGGCUCUCUCCCCAGGUUUGUCGUCGGGUCUCAUCCCGCUUGCCGGACAUUCGCUCUCAUGGACGGACGAGAGGCAGCGCCGAGAGCGACACGUGGUCCGCACGGCCCGGGUCUGGACCCCCGAGGAUCCCCGCUCCCCGGAGGGUGCUGACGCGCUGGGAGAGGGCCCUCUAUGACCGCCCCACCCCGUACGAAUCCCCAGGCAUCCUUGCCCGCACGCGCGGCGUUCAUCCCUCCAACCUCGUACACGGGGAUCUGACCCACGGCGGCCAAGCGGGUGACCCUGUGGAAUGGACUGGCACCAUGGAUAGGCUGGUUCCCGCGCUGCUGAAAAUGUGGAAUUUUCACCACUGGCCCAGGGCCGCUGCGGGCAACAAAUUAAGCAACUAAAAGUUAGGUACGGCAGAAACCGGUCAUUACGGUAAGCGAUUUGGUCGUUAAGCGAGUAUAGGAAAUACACGGUUAAAGGGUUCAUUCGUUCCGAUAGCAUCGAAAGUUACACUUUUCACCCCAAAAACGUGCUUUUUAAUAUGUAAGCAAUGGAUAUUAAUACACGAAGGUACUAUCAACAUUAUGAACACAUGUUAAAAGAAACAUGGUUAAUACGUGCAUUCAUUAAUAUUUACUGUAUCUACAACAGCGAUUAGUCGUUAACAGCAGGGGUGGUCGUUAAGAAUGGUUCUAAUGUUUAAGGACUUUGGUUUAAUCGCUUUGAUGAAAAAAAUUGCAACUAAGCCAUUAGACAAAAAAUGCUUUCAGAUAAAAUUCACCCCAAGUGGGAUGCAUCUUCCAUUAAAAUGGUAGUGUGGUGCAACGUGGAUCUCGCGAGUUCAAAUCCAGGUCGCGAGUCGAAUUAUCAUCAUUCCCACGGGGUGGAUAAAUGAGACCAACUUAGUGGGACAUCGGGAAUGGUUAUCUUUUGGAUGAACCAGCCCCUGGCAAAGAAAUGGGGAGUGUCCAACAAUGUCUCAGGGACCGUCAGUGACAGGGAGACGCUCAGUCUUGGCUGUAUUCUAUAAGUUACGUAAUAACGUUACGUAGUAACUUAUAGAAUAGUUACGUAGUAACUUAUACAAAAAUUGCUAUAAUGCAAUUGUGCUAUACAAGAACUGUAUAAAUGACUUUGUAAAAUGUGAUGAAAUGUACCGUAUUGUCUCGCGUUAUUAAAACCGACUCGACUCCAUCACGCACAUGUGCCGCAAUGUUCUCAAUUCAUCACUGGAUGAGGGCCUA